AUGGUGGAACAGUCCAUCCGCACAUACCUUAUCACACCGCGAGACCUCAAGUCCCAACCUGAAAUGGAGGCUCUGGACCUGUCCCAGGGUUUACCCUCGACAACACCAGUGAGGAGGUCACAAGCCCCCACCGACACCUCCGUGGCACAGCUGACGCUGGACGGUGAGCCCUGGGCUAUACUCCCGAACCUCCUCACAAAAGCGGAUUUUGAGGCCCUAUCAGACCACCUGAGCUGGGUGGCCCAAGAUGAAAUAGCACAGGUCAGAGCAGACAUGGCCAACAUGGAAGCCAGGGUGACCAUUGCAGUGGCCGAGUCCAGGGCCCUUCGCACCAACAUGGACGCAACCCACACAGCGGUCAUCGGCUGCGAAAUGAGCAUAGCCCACCUGACCACAUGGGUAGACGACCUCGAUAACAGAGGCUGA